GAGCCAGUUUGAUUAUCCAGCAGAGAAUGAAAGAAUAAAACUAGACUGAAUCAGUAACUUACUGGAAGAGAAGAGAGAUUGUGGUGGGGAUUACACAAAAUUGAUGAUGCAGAAGCUAACGAGGAAAUGGAGGAAAUCGGGGGAUGAGGAUGAUAAUCUCUCUCUUCCCACUCGCGAUGAUUCCCGUCCCAUGGACCCUCAAGAACAAGAGGAUCUGGUCAGAUCAUUAGAGAGUAGUCAAGCUCAACAGUCUCUUCUUUGGAGGAGCGUGUUUGCUGGCCUACUUUUCUGCUACGUGGUGUUUCUUGUAUACUCAAUUUAUCACCAGGCCUUUUUUCCAUGGGAAUUGCGCUAUCAUGCUUAUUUUAUGUACGAGGUUGACUCAUGGAGCAUCAUAACAGCAGAUUGGGCAGCCGUUUUGGUGUGCUUCCUGGCCAUUAAGGGGUUACUGCAUAACUCGAAGCACCGUCGCCGAUGGCUUUGGUCCUCCUGCUGUCCUGGCUUACUAUUGAUGUUUUUCUGGUUACAUCACAUGCUGAGAUUGUCAAAGUAUAGAUGGGAUGUUUUGUGGCUUCCUCUAGGUCCCCUCAGUGGAGCUGGAGUCUGCCUUUAUGUUGACCAUUUACUGAAUGAGUCAUCUGAAGAAGUUAGAAAACUUCGAGGAUAUAUGUAUUCUUACAAGGCCAGUUAAGUUCCGCUUGGAUCAUUGUUAAAAAUGAACAGAUAAAACACAUACACAACAAUCUUCUGAUUCUUCAGUGAAGAGAAGUUGGCUUCUUUGGCAAGAGGACCGGCUUCACUGGUCCUCAAGUCGAAUGGUUACUUUGUAGAACGGUUACUUGUCAAGAUGCAUCAUUUUCCGUGGUAGAAGCAUCUUGUCUUUUGUGAUUGUAUGGUCAACUAGUGCACAUCCUAACAUAGCUUAGCUCGACUGACGGUUUCACAGAAUUUUUUGUUUAGUAUUUUAUGGUUCUUUUGCUUUCGUUCACAUAUUGGUAUUUCAGAAUUCAAUCAAAUAUCCCGGUUCUAUA